UAGUCGUCGCAAUUUGUCUGAAUUUGUCGUGGAUUGUGGGCACGUUGUUUUGUGUUGCUUGAUGUAAGAGUAGGAUUUCAACGAUUUUGACACAAGCGUUGCUAAAAAUCUUAAUAUAGUCAAAAUGGUUUUAAGUCCGACUACGAAACAGAGGAUAGCCAUUGUCCUGAAUGUGAGCAAAUUUGUAUUUCAAUGGGGUUUUAUUCCUGCCGUACUCUUUUUAGGAUUCAGCAAAGGUGCUGACCCAGGCAUGCCUGAAUUAACCCUUAUGAACUUAUUAUGGCAGUAAAUCUUUCACAAGUUCAUUCCAAAAAAAUUAUGGAUACCAUUGAUGAUGUUGCAUGGAUACAUUUUAUUUAAGGUUAAAGUUACAAUGUUUCUAAUUACCAGAAUAAUAGACUGUAUCUCACUAAAUAAAUGUUAUAUUGUUAACUGAA